CUCCCGGGAUCAGUAAACUUCUCUGCUGCAGCCUCGUCCACCAGGAAGGGCACGAAGAGCCAGAAAGAGAGGAGAAUCGUCCAACAUGGUUCAGCGACUAACUUAUCGCAAGCGCCAUAGCUAUGCCACCAAGUCUAACCAGCACCGCGUCGUCAAAACGCCUGGCGGGAAGCUUGUGUACCAGACUACCAAGAAGAGGGCAAGUGGACCAAAAUGUCCGGUCACCGGCAAAAGAAUUCAAGGGAUUCCUCACUUGAGGCCAGCUGAAUAUAAGAGGUCUAGACUACCCAGGAACCGAAGGACUGUAAAUCGUGCAUAUGGUGGCGUAUUAUCUGGAGGUGCUGUUAGAGAGAGAAUCAUUCGGGCCUUUCUGGUUGAAGAGCAAAAGAUUGUGAAGAAGGUAUUGAAGAUCCAGAAGGCGAAGGAGAAGUUGGCAUCAAAAAGCUAAAUUGUGUUUGUUAUUUUUAGAGAAUGGAAGAAAUUUUGACUUUGUGACUUGAUGCUGAAUUUUAGCGAUUAUUAUUUAAAGUUUGGUUUGGAAGGAAUGAGAUUUUAGUCCCCGAAUUUCACCCUUAAUUGACAUGGGAUACCUCUAUGGAAUAUUUGCAAUUUUUUUAUUAGUU